AUGCCGGCCGACCCAACCCCGACAACGCUCACCGCCGAGCCCGGCUCCUCCUCGAAGGCGCACUUCCCGCUUGACGCGAAAUUCCCCGUCUACGCCACCGCAUGGACGGACGACUCGACCGUUCUGCUGGCUGGAGGAGGCGGGAGCAGUCGAACGGGCGUCAAGAACAGGAUCUCCAUGUACUCCGUCGACCCGAAGAAGCGACAACUCUCGCUCGUCACCGAGCACGAGCUGUCCAAGGAGGAGGACGCGCCGAUGACCAUGGCCGUCAACCGGAAGGCGAAAGCGCUCGUCGCUGGUAUCAAUUCGUCCGCCGACCAGCUGGAAAAGGGCGUCAAUGAGAACUUGAGGGUGUUCAGCUACGAUGACAAGUCGAUCACGUACGAGAAGCGGAAACAGACGUUUACGUCUGUCGACCCUGAUCACUACCAAAAAGUGACCGCUUUCUCCCGCUCGAUGCCUCCCCUCCUCGCCGCCGGCUCGACCGACUCCCAGCUCUCGCUCGUCACCUACCCGGAACUGGAAGAUGUGCUCCCGACACUCCAGUAUGAGAAGGAGGAGAUAUACGAUGCCGACUUCGACGAUUCGGGCGACAUGCUCGUCGGAACAUCGUCGAACAAGCUCUGCGUCUGGUCGACCAAGAUUGCGGACAAGGAGGCGACGCCUGAACCGCUGCAAGUCAUCGAGCGACCAGUCCUGAAGAAGGAGCUGGCGUGCACCUUCCGAGCAGCCAAAUUCGGCCGCGCCCAAACCGGCUCGAAUCUGUACACCGUCGUCAACGCCUCCCCCGCCACCCGCGUCCGCAAGCCUCCCGCAGGAUCGCAAAAGGCGUUUGUGAGCUUGUGGGACGCGAGGGCAUGGAAGUUGCUCAAGACCAGGACAGUCAGCCAGAAACCGGUCACGGCGUUCGAUGUUAGCGAGGACGGCACUUUGCUGGCGUACGGCUCGUCCGACUUGAGCGUCGGGAUACUCGACGCCGUGACUCUCCGACCAAUCCUCACCGUCUUGCACGCCCAUGAUUUCCCCGUCACCUCGCUCAAGUUCAAUCCGUCCGCCUCGAUCUUGAUCAGCGGGAGCGCGGACAACAGCGUCAGGGUCAUCGAAGUGCCCAGUCCAGGCCAGCGAGGAGGCAACUCGACGACCUACACCGUCCUCUUCACCCUCCUCAUCCUCAUCCUCGCCAUCCUCAUCCAGAUGACGUUUGGCGAGGACCUUCUCCGCGCUGCCAGGUCCGUUUUGUGA